UGGUACUGCAGGUCUAGCGAACAGUGCACACGAGUCCUCCAUGGAAACAAGCGAGGAGACAGGAGGAGCAGUUAGUCUGGAACAAACCUCUGCGCUGACUCCCCAUUGUACCAACUUAACCGCAUGAAUAAUUCAUUCAACUUGCUAACGUACAUUAAGACAAAUACAUAUUUUAUUCAGAUAGCUAUCAUUUUUACCGCCUCGGCUCGUGUGGACGUUUAGCCUGCCUCGUAACGAACCAUGGCGGAGCGAAGUGGCCGGCUGAGCCUUGGUGGAGGGGGACUCAACACACCCGUGCCUAUGAACCUGUUCGCCACAUGGGAAAUAGAUGGAUCUUCCCCGAGUUGCAUCCCGAGGUUGUGCAGUCUGACUCUGAAGAGAUUGGUGGUACUGAGGGAGCUGGACAAGGAGCUCAUCUCUGUGGUCAUCGCUGUCAAGAUCCAGGGUUCCAAGAGGAUCCUGAGGUCCCAUGAGAUAGUGCUGCCCCCUAGUGGCUCAGUGGAGACUGACCUGGCUCUCACCUUCUCACUGCAGUACCCUCACUUCCUGAAGAGUGAGGGUAACAAGCUCCAGAUCCUGCUGCAGAGGAGGAAGAGAUACAAGAACAGGACUAUCCUGGGAUAUAAGACCCUGGCUGUAGGAACCAUCGAUAUGGCUGAGGUGAUGCAGCAGCCUACGGAGGGGGGCCAGGUUCUGUCUCUGUGCAGUAACCAGAAGGAGAUGCUGGGUAAAGUAGCUGAUAUCUGGAUCUUCUCUCUGUCCAGUCAGCCCAUAGACUAUGAGGAGGCCGCUCUGCAGGAGGGAACCAAGAUCAAAUGCUCAGAUAACUACUCGGAGGAGGAGUAUGAGAGUUUCUCUUCAGAGCAGGAGGCCAGUGAUGAUGCUGUUCAGGGUCAGGACCUGGAGGAUGAUGAGUAUGAUGUGAGGAAGCCUAAGAAGCAGAGGAGGUCCAUCGUAAGAACUGCUUCAAUCACCAGGCAGCAGAACUUUAAACAGAGAGUUGUGGCCCUGCUGAAGAGGUUUAGAGUCUCCGACGAGGUGUUGGACUCGGAGCAGGACCCGGCUGAGCCCCCUCCAGAGGUAGAGGAGGAUCUGGACCUCGAGAGUCUGGAGUUUGAGAACCCCAGUGACAGUGGACCAGAACUUGACGAUGACGACAGUGUCCUCAGCACCCCGAAACCCAAGCUCAAACCAUAUUUCGAGGACCUUUCUCUCUCCAGUUCUCAGACAGAGAUCGGCAUCCACACCAGCCCGAUGGAACCAGACCAGACCAAGAGCAGCGGAGCCACGUUCCAGGUGGACAGUGUCUCAGAGAAGGGCUCAUUUCAGGAAGAGCAACCAGAGGCAGUGACCCCCACUACAGAGUUGGAGAUGGACAACAUGGACACCUUCCUGGAGAAGCUGCCCCCUACUGGCAAGAUGAAGAAGACCGAGUCCCUCAUCAUCCCUUCCAACAGAUGGCAGGAACCUAAGUUGGCGGGGAGGAGAGGGAGGAGUACAUCCCUAAAGGAGCGCCAGCCCAACAGACCACAGAACGAGAGAGCCAACAGCCUGGAUAACGAACGCUCCCUCGACACACACUGCCAUCUACAGAUCCCCAGGAAGACCGUGUAUGACCAGCUCAACCACAUCCUGGUGUCUGACCACCAGCUACCUGACAGCAUCAUCCUCAUCAACACAUCUGAUUGGCAGGGCCAGUAUCUGUCAGGUGUUCUCCAGAGCCAGCACCUCCCGGUGGUGUGUACCUGCACUACAGCAGACAUCCAGGCUGCCUUCAACACCAUCGUCUCACGCAUACAGAGAUUCUGUAACUGUAACAGCCAGACGCCCGUCCCCAUAAAGAUAGCUGUGGCUGGGGCGCAACACUACCUCGGUGACGUCCUCAGGCUGUUUGUAGACCACCUGUCUUACAAGACCCCUGAUUGGCUGGGCUACAUGAGGUUCCUGAUCAUACCACUAGGAUCUCACCCAGUCUCCAAGUACCUGGGUACCAUCGACUAUCGAUACAACAGUUUAUUCCAGGAUACAGCGUGGCGGGACCUCUUUCACAAGCCAGAAGCUCCAGUCAUAGUGCAGGAGAGUCCAGAUGUGGUUUCCAGGGUAACCCAGUAUAUGGUCGGGGCCAACGGAGUUCACCAGCUCCCCAUCGCUGAGGCCAUGCUCACAUACAAACAGAAGAGCCCAGACGAGGACUCUUGUCAGAAGUUCAUCCCCUUUAUCGGGAUGGUGAAAGUUGGACUGGUGGAACAGUCAUCAGCAACAUCAGGUGACUCGGACGAUGCAGCUCCCAUGGCGACAGCCCUCCUCUCCUCCACCCCUCCUCAGGUGUCCCCCGCCCCGAAGGAAGCCACGCCCACCCCUCCCUCCUCCCCCUCUGUCAACACAAGCUUCAGCUCAUACAGUUCUCCCCAGGGGGAGCUGAUGGGACUACAGGUGGACUACUGGGUGGCUCCGUCCCCGGCUGACAGGAAGAGAGACGUGGAGAAAAGGGACUCGUCUUCCUCUAAGAACACUCUGAAGUGUACGUUCCGUUCGCUGCAGGUCAGCAGGCUCCCCCAGCCCGGGGCCCAGCCACAGCCCGCCAUGUCCAUGACUGUGGUCACGAAGGAGAAGAACAAGAAGGUAAUAUUCCUGCCAAAGAAGACUAAAGACAAGGAUGUGGAGUCUAAGAGCCAGGUGAUCGAUGGCAUCAGUCGACUGAUCUGCACUGCCAAGCACCAGCAGACCAUGCUGAGGGUGCUGAUUGACGGCGUGGAGUGGAAUGACGUCAAGUUUUUCCAGUUGGCGGCACAGUGGUCGUCACACGUCAAACAUUUCCCCAUCGGGAUCUUUGGACACAGUAAAGGGCCUUACUAACAAGCGACGGGUUAGCGGCCCCGUUACCACAGACUCAUCUGUAACAGAGGACAACGCCCCCUCCCUCAUGUGCCAAUAGCUUUUAUAAUAGCCAACCCCCCCCCUCUCCCGCACAUCUUAGACUGGUCCCAGAUCUGUCUAACUCCUAUUGGUCAUUGUCAAGCCAAACGUUGGCACGGCAACACAAACAGAUCUGGGACCAGGCUACACACAUCUGCCCACCCCACUGUCUUAAUUUAAGCCCCAGAUUUUACCUAUUGUUUAUAUUUCUGUGUUUGUUGUUGUGUUUAUUAUAAAAGUUCCCAAGGCAACGCUGUCAUAAGGAGAUUUGGUUCUCACCAAGCUUUUUUUAAAUCCUACUGAUUUUCUAUAGACUUUUGAAGAAGAAAAAGACGAGCGGAAACCUAAUUAAAUAAAUCGUUUGAAAAACUCAUAACUAGCGAUGCGUAACAUUUCGGCACCCUCCCUCCCUCCUCUUUGCUUUUUAUUAAUGUGGCAAAGAUAGAUUGUUUCAAACAAUUUGCCAGGCACAAUUUAACAAGAUACGUCCUAGUCAAGAUCACUUUGUAACCAAAAGGCCCUGAAACAAUGGAAGAUGGACAACGCAUAAAAGAUGACUUAUCUUGUCAUCCUUGGAGGAAGUGGUCUGGAUCCUGGACUGAAACCAUUCUAGCGCACCCUGAGUCCUGGGGUGUAUUCAUUAGGAACCAUAACCAAACAUAAUGGAAAAACGGGAAAGGAACCUACCUGAAUUUGUCCAAAAAAUAAAACUAUUUCGUUGCUAAACGUUUUCCCCGUUGCACUGCGUUUUGCUACACUGUGCACUAAUGAAUACUCCCCUAAGGACAGUGGCUCCUGUUGUUGUAGCAGGCCACUGAGACCCUCUGCACUCAUCGGAAGAAGACUAACAUGCACAAUAGACUUACUGUAGCCUGAAAUCCAGACCUAUUCUGUGCUAUUAUUCCACUUUUUUUUAAACUCUGUCAUAUGUUUGGCAAUGACGGCACAAACAGACUGAUACCCAGGCUACAUAAUACUGUAUAUGUCCUGUACAUCCAAUCAAUUAUAUGUAAACACAACUCAUAAUUGAGAUGGAACUGACCCUGCACUAACUAAUGGUUGGUGCAUCUCUCUCUCUCUCUCUCUAUCACUUUCUUUUUCACCUUCCCUUCUUUUGAAAGGGAGCAAUGGGUGUGCCACCAGCAGAGAAUAUCUGAUAACAUAUCCCCGUCCUCCUUUAUCAUCUCUCCCUCAUCGGUCCCGUCCUCUCUUUAUCUCACAGCAACCACACAUCUUCUAGGCAGAAUACUAGACAGACUGCAGCUCACUCAUUUUCCUACUCCCAGAGCCAUGUGUGUUUAGAGAGUUGGGACAUUGACGUUAUCUGCAUUGACGCAUUUUUACAUGACACGUCAACGUUCUAUAGCAGCCAUGUUUGCUCCCCCCCAUUAACUUUACAUACGGAAUAUUUACAUAAUGCUAUCCAACUGAAUGUGUAGGAUUAGAACAAUAUUCCAAAUUGUAAAAGCCCAGCUUCUCUAAAUGCAGUACAUUCAUACAGUAUUCAGACCUCUUGACUGUUUCCAAAUUUUGUUACUUUACAGCCUUAUUCCUUCAAUCUCAUAGCUUGGUUUUUGCUCUGACAUGCACUGUCAACUGUGGGACCUUAUUUAGACAGGUGUGUGCCUUUCCAAAUCAUGUCCAAUCAAUUGAAUGUACCACAGGUGGACUCCAAUCAAGUUGUAGAAACAUCUCAAGGAUGAUCAAUGGAAACAGGAUGCACCUGAGCUCAAUUUUGAGUAUUAUAGCAAAGGGUCUGAAUACUUAUUUACAUAAGGUAUCUGUUUUUUAAUUUUUAUGAAUUAGCAAACGUUUAUAAAAAAAUAAAAAAAACUGUUUUCGCUUUUUCAUUAUGGGGUAUUGUGAUGUCAUCAUGGGUUAUUGUGUGUAGAUUGCUGAGGAUUUGUAUUUAUUUAAUCCAUUUUAGAAUAAGGCUGUAACGUAACAAAAUGUGGAAAAAGUCAAGGGGUCUGAAUACUUUCCGAAGGCACUGUAUAUGACUCUGUUUAGUUUGCUAUUUACCUGCGCCUUAUGAUAAUCUACUACUACUGCUACUACUUCAUGAAAGAAGAUGGGGUGGGACAACGUGAACUUGUCCAAUAAGAAACUUGUUCGCAACGGUGUACCACUAAUGAAUACACCACUGAUGCCAACUAGCUGUAGCUCACAAAAGGCACAUAGACAGGCAUUGUAAUCUGUCAGAUUUCUGAGCUGAACAGACAUAAAAAAAAAAAAAUAGUAUGGCUAAUUUAAAAUGUGUGCAUUAAAGCCAUACAAUAAAACCGCACUGCAUUGUUGUGUAAGAUCAGAUCGUCCUUAAUUUUAGCUUGAUCUCUCAGAUUCCACUCUGUAAAACACCGGUGCUAUUUCAAUACUCAUUUAAAAAACACUUCUAAAAACAGCCAGGCAGCCUAAUAUUACAGAAGCUUUAAAACUGUAGCAACCAAAUGACUCCUUAUUUAUUGAAGUAUCAUCAACCAAUCCUUAUGUAAAAAAAAAAAUGUUACUAGUUAUUACAAUCCUUGGGUGAUAUUUUGUCAAAACACUAUGAAAUACAUUAUAGCCUACUGUUGUAGUAGCUAUUUCAUUGUGUGCCUAAAAUGUAACCAUUACCAAGACUAUUUCUUCUUGACGUACCGAAGUACCCCCGUUUUGAUACAUCGGUGAAAUAGUCACCCAAGCUUGAAAGUGUGGCCGUAAUAAGCUGAACGAAAAAACGUUUUAGUAGGUUGAUGCCAGGUAUCCAUUCUUACCAAGUUGAGGUUCUCUGGCUAGGUUCUAUCUCUCCUUCAAGCUGAACGAAAAAACGUUUUAGUAGGUUGAUGCCAGGUAUCCAUUCUUGCCAAGUUGAGGUUCUCUGCCCCCCGCCACCCACCCACCCCUACACAGUAUACCUAGGGGGGAAAUGUAUUAUUCCAAAUAAUCUAUAACUCCUAUGGUAUACAGUGGCUACGUCCCAAUUAUCUCUCCUUCAUCCUGAAGCGUGCACUCAUUCACUACUCCCCACAAAUCUAAAACACGUUGGAUUGGUGGAGGCAUGGGUCGUUAGAGGGAGUUUACAUAUGCCAGUAAUUUCCUUUCCAAUCUAUGAAUGGAAGUGAACAAGUGCACAUUUCUGGAGAAAGGAGAUGUUGGGACGCACGCCAUGCUCCCCUCACAGCGGGGUAAAUAGUUUGCUUUGUGAAGCCUCAAAGGCUUCCUGUUUAACUGGCAACACUUGUGUUUCUUUCUUUGGCAAAAAGUAGAAGUAUUUUAAGUUGUGUUAUAAAUAUGGUCUUAAAUAUGAAUGGAAGGUUCCCCUAUUAAAAUAUUGUACCACUACCACUAAUCCCAAUGUCGGGAAUAAAAAACUAGACUAAAA